AGGUUAUGGUCAUUCGCUGUUUUUCUUUCACUAAUUGAAUGCCAAUCUUGAACUGCUAUGUGCUUGAUCUUCUCAUCUUGAUCGAGACUGGUUGCUGCUCGUUUACUACUUGGUUCCCUUUAAUAAACGUCUACCAUUUAGGUUUUCUUCAUCAUAUUUGUUAGUUCCAUCAAGUUUUAGAACGAGAACCGUAUUUGACCCAAUACGCAUCAGUUUAGCACAGUCUUUCUUGCUCCUUUUACUCCUUCAUUGUUUUCAUGGUUCUAUUUUUGACUUCAACUUCAACGUUGUUCUUCUUUUUUCUUGAUUGCUGUAGAAUCUAGAAUUUAAUAGUCGUAGUCCUAGUCCUAGUCACGUGUUUACUACAAAAAAACAAAUCUACAACCAUCCACCAAAAGAUAAUUCUUUUCUGUCUUUUUCUUGACUAGAAUAGAUACUAGCUAGUACAAGAACAAGAUGGCAGCUGUGGUCCAGAACGGUACUGUAGAGCAUGCGAAUGGCAAUGGGGCCAUUUCCGCUGACUUGGAUGCCAUUCGUCAGAAGCUCGAUGCCCUGCGACAGGCGCAGGCUGACGAAGCGGAAGCUUUUCUUAAGGUAUGUUGAUCUAUGCUUUUUUUACUGGAUUAUUCCUAGGCCUUUGACUAGUAAACAGUACCAACAUAGAUGAAUGUAUAUUAGAAUUAGACUGUCGUCGUUGCAUGAGAACUUGUGCUAACAACAAUACUAGCUAGAGCUAUGAUAUCAGUUUGUUAACUCCAUUCCAGUACCACCUCUUCCAGUACCACCUCUUCCAGUACCACCUCUUCCAGUGCCACCUCUUCCAGUACCACCUCUUCCAGUACCACCUCGUCCCCCACCUCAAAACCAACAGGAAAGCGAUUCCUUAGACGAGAAAUGCCAGCAAUUACAGUUUGAGCAAGAGGCAGCAGGUCGCGAUCAGGAGCGUUUGCGCCAAGAGCUCGAGAAGGUUCAAGAGGAGUUAAAAACCGCUGAAAGAGCAGCGUCUGUCACGCGACGCUUGUUGGAGAACGAAGCGAAAACGUCUGCCAGCGAGCGAGAGGAAAAAAUGAUCGCCAGGUACAACUUCUAAAACUAAAAACAUGAUUUCCCUUCGAUCAUUUUUGAAGUUCUCUCCUUCAUCAUCCAUAAUUGAAGUUUCUCAGUCGUGAAUACUCAUUAUAGAUACUCAGUCAUCACAAUGUCAUAACUGACGACUGAGUAUCUUCUAUAGUGAGCACUUGCUUCACACUGACAGGCUUCCAAUAGUACGAACUUCGGACUGCUUCGUCUACCUCGUGGACUGUGUUUCUCACUGGUUCUCUAUAUAAUGAGCUGAUCAGGAAGAUAAAUCUACUCGAAAACUGAAAAUAACCGAGUUACUGACUGAAAUAAGGGAGGUAGCUUUGACAGGGCUACCCUUCCUUGUUCAGUAUCUCGCUUAUUUUAAGUAGUUACUCGCUUAUUUCAGUUUUUCGAGUACUCAAAUGUCGUGCGAAGAAUCAAUGGAUCCAUCCUGGUCUUCCCUUCCCCCACUAGAAAUUUCCCCUUUUCUCGUCUACUUGAAAAAUUGAAAGAUUUAUGUUGAAGAUUCAAAUGUAGCUCAAUCAGAAUCAUCUCCUUGUCUCAACUUGUUUACCUCUACUAGGUUGGAAAGCGAGCGCCAGAAGGGCGAGGAAGAAAGAAAACUCGCCGAAAAUAAGGUGGAAGAAGAGCGCACGCGCUUUGAAGCGGCUAAGGAGGAAUUGGCGUCACAAAUCGAGGCUUUGGAGACUCAGAUGAAAGAAGAGGCAGAACAAGCUGAUGCAAAGCUCAAGGACUUCCAAGCCGCAUCGCGUACGGAGAAAGAGAAUCUCCAAAAGAAAUUGAACGAGCUUAGGGAUGAAGAUAGCUUGGUAUUUGGAAUUUUUAUUUUUAGUUUGUUUGUGUCGUAGUCGUAGUCCUCCUCGCAUGGUGUUCUUGAUCUGAUGAACAAACUCUUUCAUUUAUUAGAAGGUACUCACAACUGAAACCCUCUAGCAACAACUCAUCUCAUACAACGCACUUGUUCGACAAACACUCAUCAAAUGAAACCCAUUCUCAUGAUGAUCUUGAAACAUCUAGAUCCGUGCGAAUUUCUUGGAAGUCUCUGACGCCCUAAAGACCAGCGAGAGUGGUGUCACUUCCUUGCAAGCUGACGUGGAAGGUAAGAAGGAGGAACUAGGAAUGACCGAGUCCGAGUACGUGCGAAAGGUAGGACGUGCCAAGGAGGACUCCACGUUUUUACUCACGGAGCUUGCAAGGGUCAAGUUAGAAUCCGAUCGCAAGAAGGCUCAAUUAGAAGGCUUGCAUCUCGAAAAGAUCCUCGACGAUUUGAAUAGGGUACGAAUGCUCCUGAUUUUUCUGAUGAUGAAGGUUGUUAAUAUUCACAGACUCCAACAUUGUGCAUUUUGCGGUCCUUAGGGUAGUUAUUCACAGACAACAAGUACUCAACCUCAACUUCAUCUAGACAAACAACUCUCAUCUUCGCCUAGACUAGAGGAUUCAUCACCUUGAUGAUCGAUCCUACAACAGACUCGCGAAGCCGGGGAGCAGGAGGUACGUAAACUGAAACUCCUCGUUGAGACUUUAGAGCGGGACGUUACCGAGGCAGCUUUGGUGAAAGAAAAGGCAACUGAGGACCAUGCCGCAAUGUCCAAGGUGUACAGCAGCAAGAAGGAGGAGAUCUUGGCAGAGACGGAAGGUUGCCGCGAAGCUCGUUUAGCAGAUGAAAAAAGGGUUGCAGAAUUGAAGAAGGAACUCCAAGAGCUCAGUGAUAAGUCGUGGGGGAUGCACACAAAAUAUGCGGAAAAAAUGGAGGAAAUGCUCAAAGGAGGAGUCAGUUCAUCUUAUGACUGCUCGAACAAGACUCAAAAACAUUGUUUGAAUUAGAGACACCUUGAUCUAAUAAAAACGGACCUCACUGACUACAUUUUUUUUACUUUCACUUUCAUACUACGUGGUUCACUUUCACCAUUUCAACACUGCUCCUUAUUGUAGAUCGAUUAAAUAGAUGUUGAUGUAGAUCCAUUCGACCCGUUGAGCCUACUUUCUGACUGACCUCUCUAAUGGAUCCAAGUUACUGGUGAUGAACAGGGAGCAACUUCGUCCGGAGGAAAAAAGAAGAAAAAAGCGGCCGCAGCUUCUAACGCACCACAGAUAGCUUUGUCAGAGGAACAGGUAGCUUUUACUUAGUUUUAUUUCGUUUCUUCACAUCUGCUGCAUCUCGAUCUCGUUGACAACUUCUUGCAGAAAACUUCCUUUAGGGUUUAGGGUUACCUGUUGAUUUCUCAUCAAUCAAAACACAAACAGAAAAAGCUUGCCCAUUUGGAGAAUGAACGAACUAAGGAGAAGGAACAGUCAGAGCAGCUAACUGCCAGACUAAAUGUCCUCGACAAAGAACUAAGAGCCGAAAAGAAGAAGCGUGAAAAAGCAGAAAAGCUGAGUCACCAAGGAGGUGGCGCUAACAAGAAUAAGGGCAAGACUCAGAAGGACCAGCAGGCAGCACGAUAUGCAGAGGAAAACCUCAAAAUCGAAUCAUCGUCAGGAGGAUUCUAUCGCUACGCGAAAAGCCUGUGCCCAAAAUGGAUUAAAAAGUACUUCAACUUCAACACGUCAGCGAUCUUGAUAGUGAGUUUCUCUUUGAUUCCGUCACCAUUGCCUGCUUAAACGAUAGCCUUCCUAAACAUCAAGUAUCAAACAACGUCUUAAUUUCAGCACUCCUCCUUGGUAGUUGGAUCUUGUUUUUCCUACGCUCUCUACUCCUAUAAUCCCUCCCCCAAUACUCUCUCUCACCAGGAGCCAAAGUCAAACUGCGACAUUAGUCGUGAUAUGCAGUUCCGUUUUAGCGGUUUUGGCUUUCUGCGAUCGCGAUGGCUUUCAACGGCGGUUAAGGUGAGCGAGCCCUUGUUCUCGAUAUCUGGAGGAGCACAUUUGAAGAAGAUAUGAUCAUUCAUUCCUUCACUCAGUCACGCUACCCUCCUACGACAAGUUGGAAGGCAACCGAUUUUCCUGCUAAAUGGGAUGCGAAGAACAACUACAUUUAAUAAAUUUACAACAUGUUGAUGUAGUACGACAACUUCUUCUGGUUGGAGAGGAGAUGGACUUCUUUCUGUCAUCUAUUUUCUACACCGACAACGAGGACUAUUAUGUUGGCGACCCCUCCUGCCUCUACUACUUGAUGUCAUACCUGGUAAAACUAUUGUAUCUAGUAUCUAGUAUCUUUCUAAGACUUAGCAUCUUGUUGUAUUACAACUUAAAUGAUUCUCGUUAUCCUCGUUAAAGAAAUUAUCUUCACAAAAAUAUCUUCACAACAUCUUCACAUCAACUGUACAUCAAAUAUUAAGCACAUUAUAACAUCACCGAUCUACGACUAAUGUUUAUGUUACAACCGUUUACCCUUUUUUUUUCCACUUCUGCCAACAGAAGAUGAUGAGCUCUUCCUGAUAAAUGCUUGAGUCAUACAGUUUUUCCACCAAUAUGUUAUAUGUACAACAUCUAAUAUCUAAAAAUAGAGGAAGUAAACGAACAACUUUGCUCGGAGAUGUCAUAAUUAAAGUAGGACAUUAAAAGAAGUAGAGCAACUACAACUAGAUGAACACGCACUGCUGUUGUUGGUUGUUCCUCCCCCUUACUGAAGCAAUGACUCAGCUGGGGGCAUAGUGAGUCUUUCUACUCGUCUCCUUUUGCUAGAAGUCUCUCCAUGUACUAUGCUCAAAGUCUUCUUCUUCCCUGAAGACUUCCUCGACGUUUGUUCAAAAUGCUUUCCACCUGCUAAUACUUCCUAUUUAUAAGUACUAUGGUAGAUGACAAGUACUAGACAUGUUCAUGUAGGAUUGGAAGAUAUCUAGAUCUACGAUAAUGAUCAUGAUUUCUUACCAGAGCAGCUCUAGACUCAUGUGCCUGUGUACAUAGCGGUAGCAUGAUGAUGUAUCUUGUAACAAGGGUAAGCGAAAGCGAUCAUAAAAACCCUCUCUAUCCUUUCGCUGUGGAAGAUGAAAUAGAGUGUUGUGCGAUCUGAAUUUGAAACUACAACGACGAACACGUAGGUCAACUACUUCUACUUUCAACCUGUGAAGAAAGUUGCUGGAGUUGCCUUGAUAUUAUUCAGUGUCCUCUUGGUCUCUUCACUACAUUUAUGGUGGGAGGAAAACUGCCUCAAUUAUUGUCGACAGCUUAUGCGCGGCGACGUAGCAACGACGUUCGUGGAUACGUGAUUGUGUUUGUUCAAGAAUUUGCACCCCGG